UCAGUGCGAUAUGACUCGGCAAAAGGUUGUUAUUGAAGGAGGACUUAUUUCUUAUCUUGCUCUCCUAAUUUUACAAACCAGUCUUGCACAAAGCAAGGGAAAAGAUUCCGAAACAUUAAUCGUUGUGUCAAUGGACGGCUUGAGAUGGCAAUACAUUAACGAAGGAUUCGCAAACACACCUAAUCUUGAUUCAAUCGCUCGAGAAGGGGUCACAUCAAAGUUCAUCAAAACUGUUGUACCGAGCAAGACAUGGCCAAACCAUCACAGCUUCCUCACUGGGUUAUAUCCUGAAAGCCAUGGCAUUGUAUCAAAUAAAUUUUUUGAUCCAGUUUACCAAGAAAAGUUUGUCUUAGAUUAUGAUUGUAGUAAUUACGACCCAAAAUUUUACAAUGCGUCUGAGCCAAUUUGGUUGACUCUGCAGAAAAAUGGCGGUCGAAGCGGGGUUUAUUUCUGGCCGGGAUUCGGAGGUUACCCAGAAAAGCCGACAUUCUACGAGAAGCCCGCAAUCUGCCCCGUCAAUUGCAGUGAGAUCAACCCAAAAGACUUGCCAAACAUGAGAAACAGCAGAAGUGGUUGGCCACCUUACAUUCAUUGCAUGGUAAACCACAGUGAGCCUGUUGCAAACAGAAUUGAUAAGAUCAUGAGGUGGCUAAGGACCGACCUGCCACCCAGGCUAGUUCUCUUGUAUUCAGAAGAUCCAGACAGUACUGGACAUGGAUUCAGUAUAGAAAGUGACCAAUAUAGAGCCGCUAUGGAGAGAGUAGACCGUGAUACAGUAGGAUACCUGAUCAACAGUCUCAAGAAUGCAAACAUGUACGACAAAGUCAACAUCAUGUUCGUUAGUGACCACAGUAUGACUGAUACGUCGUCUAAAAGGCAGAUUUUCCUCGAGGACUACAUCAACCUUGACGACUUUCAGCUCGUUGAAGGAGGAGCCGUUGGCCACAUCUGGGCUGAAGGUAAACAAGUUGACGACAUUUACAGAAAUCUUACAAGUGCUAAUAAUGCUCACAUGAGGGUAUACAAAAAGGAGGACAUCCCAGAAGAAUACCACUGGAAGCACAACCUCAGGAUCCCGCCGAUUUUCGUCGACCCCGACGUUGGAUGGGUCAUAAAGACUGAGCGUUCAAAGGCACGUCAAGGGAAUUGGACAGUGGGAGAUCAUGGCUGGCCUUCAACGAGGUCCAAAAGUUACUCUGUGUUCUUUGCCCGUGGUCCUGCCUUCCGGAAGGGGAUUGAAGUGUCAUCCUUCAAUACCGUGGACCUGUACCCUCUGAUGUGUAAUUUAUUGGGAAUUGAGGCUAAACCAAAUAACGGCUCUUUUGAGAAUAUUAGAUUGAUAUUGAAAGAAUAUGCUUCAAAACCAACUGCCAAGGGUGUCUCUUAUCUAUGUCAUUCAUUAGCUCCUCUUUUCCUUACUGUAUCGAGCGUGAUGUUUUGCAUAUUAAUGACGGACUGAACUUAAUACCGUUAAGCUAUGUACUUUUAAAAUUUCUGUACCAGCGUAAUCAGUAGAAAGCAUGAUUCGCUUGUAGCGGAAGUAAUGGAGCCUUUGGUUAACAUGGUACCAGAAACUAUAAGCGAUUUAUACAUCGUCUACCGCGCAAAUAGUAAAUAUUAUAUUUCUCGUGCAGCAAAAUUAUUUGUGAUUUACAA